CCGCCGCAGGCUCAGAUGGCACCCGGCGCUCGCGCCGGAAAGGGCGUCCCCCAGCGGCGUCCCGGAGACCCUCCCCGGCCCGCGGGGCACUGGAGCCGCCGCGGCGGAGGCAUGGCCGCGGGGGCCGCGGGCGCCGCGGUGCGCGAGGUGGCGCCGGGGCUGGAGGCGCCUCCCCAGCACGAGCAGAUCUCUCACACAAAGCUUUCUGCGGAUGAUGAAUGGAACCUGCAGCAGGAAAGGAUGUACAAGAUGCACCGGGGCCAUGAGUCCAUGCACGUGGAGAUGAUCUUGAUCUUCCUCUGCGCACUGGUCAUCGCCCAGAUAGUGUUGGUACAGUGGAGACAGAGGCAUGGCCGGUCCUACAAUCUGGUGACACUGUUGCAGAUGUGGGUUGUCCCUCUGUAUUUCACGAUAAAACUUUACUGGUGGCGGUUUCUGUCUAUGUGGGGAAUGUUCUCAGUUAUUACCAGUUACGUCCUCUUCAGAGCUACCCGAAAACCCCUCUCAGGGAGAACACCAAGAUUGGUCUACAAAUGGUUUCUUCUAAUCUACAAACUCAGCUAUGCAUUUGGUGUUGUGGGUUAUUUGGCCAUCAUGUUUACAAUGUGUGGAUUCAAUUUAUUUUUCAAAAUCAAGGCUAGAGAUUCCAUGGAUUUUGGCAUUGUAUCCUUGUUCUAUGGCCUCUACUAUGGCAUAAUGGGGAGAGAUUUUGCAGAGAUCUGUUCGGAUUACAUGGCUUCUACUAUAGGGUUCUACAGCGUCAGUGGGAUGCCCACAAGGAGCUUGUCAGACAAUGUCUGCGCCGUCUGUGGGCAGAAGAUCAUUGUGGAGCUCAAUGAAGAAGGGCUCAUUGAAAACACCUACCAGCUCUCAUGCAAUCAUGUCUUUCACGAAUUCUGCAUCCGAGGUUGGUGUAUAGUUGGUAAAAAGCAGACUUGCCCUUACUGCAAAGAGAAGGUUGAUUUGAAGAGGAUGAUCAGUAACCCCUGGGAGCGCACACACUUUUUAUAUGGACAAAUCCUGGAUUGGCUUCGUUAUUUGGUGGCCUGGCAACCCGUGGUGAUUGGAAUAGUUCAAGGCAUUAAUUAUUCACUAGGGCUGGAAUAGUACAGCAGACUUACUCCAGAAGCAAUGUGUUGCAUGUUGAAAUAUUUUUAAAUCCUUGAUCCUACACUUAAUAUCGAUAUUCUUUUUUUUAAUAUCAGAGGUGAUCCCCAAGAGUUUAGAGAACUGAGCCUUACCUAAGCAGUCUGUCUAUGUGGAAAGAAUUUAGAGAGAAGCUGAAUGUCAAAAGUUCAGAAAAAAAACAAAAGUAAAACCAAUGAAUCUGUGAAGUAGCAAUUAGUAAAAAUUUAUUGUGCACACAUCUUAAAGAUAGUUUGCAAACCAGGAGCACUCAGACCAAAACACAGAAUGAGGCUCAGAGCUAUAUAUUAUAAAGCAGCUUAUAUAGUGUGGAGGCAGUGACUGUUUAUUCUUCAUGGUGAUUGGUUACAAUACGGGAAUUUUCUUAAAUGAAAGGGAAUUGGUUAGUGAUCACCUCAUCUCAAUUUGGGGAGAACAAUUUAAGUUUUGCUUAUGAUUUUCAGGGGUGUAAGCAAGAAGUGAUCUCGGUCAAGUUAGCUUUGCUUGUCCUGCAAAGUAAGCUAAAUUAAGCUUUGCUUGUAUGACUAACCUGGUUUUGUCCACUGAAGGAGUUUUCAAGUCUGGCCUCUGUUUGUGUUUGGUUUUAACAUGAACAACAGAAUAAACAAAUAGAGCACA